AUGUCGAUCUCUUCGUCCCCCUUUCCCAAGGCGAUUCUAUACACCUAUGAGCGCUCGCUCUGGUCCACCGUCCCACGGCUGGCUCUGAUCGAGAAGGGGUACUCCAAAGAUGACCUCGAGAUGCGCGAAGUGGACCUGGCCGCGGGCGAGAACUUCAGCCCGGCAAUUUUGCGCGUCAACUCAAAGGGAACCCUCCCCGUCCUUGUCGUCCCUCUGGCAGAGACGACGGGGACAGAGGUCGACACAAAGUUCAGAGCACUGACCGAGUCGAAGGCCAUUGUCGAGUUCCUCGACUCGUCUCGCUCGCAACAGCUGCUGGACAUCAAGGGCGAGGAGAACAGCAAGCCUGCGCCCGUCCUCCAGCCUGCCACCAUCGAGGGAAAGGCGCUCUGCGACUCCCUCAUCGACCUCGUUCACUCUACUAUUACGCCCUUUUUGCUGCUUACGGCCAGAUCCGAGCAGGAGCUCGAUGCGCAGCGCAAGGGGCGGCAGGGCGAAUUCUGCAGGAAUCGCCAUGAUGCGCUCCUCAAGUUCAAGGCUGAGGCGCAGGCGUCGAUGGGAGGCGAAAACCCACGCACUGCGGCCAUGAACGAGAAUCUGAUCAAGUGGUACGACGAAAAGUACCAAAAAAUGAAGCACAUCUUCGACGCCUACCUCACCCCCACACCUGACGGCGUCUCGGCCUUUCUCGCCGACUCUGUGGCCCAGUGGACCCAGGUGAUUACUAUCCUCGGCAAAAUCGAAACCACCAUCGCUGGCCCAUACGCGCUCGGCGACCAGAUCUCGCUGGCCGACUUGCACCUGACCGUCUGGCUCGCCAGAGUCUUCACUUCGGCCAUGCGCUUCGAGCCCGACAGCAGCCAAGACCAAAUUGCCGCGCUGGAGAAGUGCGUCAGACACCCGUUCCUUGCUGCUGUCGUCACGGAUCCCUCAAGGUCGAUUGUCGGUCCAAAGACUCGCCAAUAUUGGGAGACCCUCAAGAGCCGACCGGCAUUUGCCGAGGUGUACGCCAAUGGACUUCACUGAUUGCCCCACUUUGGAAGAAAGAAAAACACUGCCUACACAACAUAAGCGGGAAUGCAUCGUAUCAAUCGCUCAAUGAUACAAGCCUGCCUUUGAUGUCGAGAAUGUGUUUAAAGAAGGAAAGAGGAGGGAGAAAGAGAAAGAAACAUUACAGAAGACUGAAUGGUUGGCUGCCCAAGAGAGAGAAAAUGAAAGGCGAAUAAAGAAGGGAGAGGUUCAAC